UGCUGCUCCGCUGGUCCUCGCCGUGGCAGCGCAGUAUAAAUGCAGGUCAGAAGAAAUGGAGCAACGCAGCAAACAAGUCUUCAUCCAUGUGAAAGGGGCGUCCUGUCGGCUGCAAACAUAAAGUCUGUCAACAUGUCUCAUCGGGGGCCUUUCACCACCGUCAUAACGGUACUGAGUGCAGCUUUAGGGGGGCUGCUCAUAUGGCAGGUGUAUCGCACAAAACGGAAGAAGCUGUCUUCCAUCCAGAAGGCGGCGGUUCAGUUGGCUCCUCUUUGUCCUGUUGAAGAUGCUACUGAGAGUCAACAAAUCCAGGCGCAAGGCGUGGCUGAGGAGGAGUUUAAAACCACAGAGUGUCAAACCACAAAGGUCCCGCCCCCUGUCUGUAUCCCGUCCUGUGAGCAGCUGCUGGCGGUGAAGCCGGUGAUGGUGAGCUCCAGAGAGGAAUGGCAGGAGAUGUGGCCACUGAUGCAGACAGAACUAUCAGUCUUCCCCGUGCUGGGGCUCGACUGUGAAUGGGUAAAGACCGAAGGCGUGUCGAUUAAGCGCAGAGCCUCCGUCGUCUCUCUGCUGCAGAUGGCCACCUACUCUGGCCUGUGUGUCCUGGUCAGGCUGCUGCCGUUCCGAGGCGCCCAGCAGCCGUUCCCAACUAGCUUCAUGGAAGUCCUCAGAGACCCGUGCAUUUUGAAAGUUGGGGUGGGUUGCUAUGACGAUGGGAAGCGUCUGACCCGUGACUAUGGCCUAUCUCUGACCUCCACGGUCGAUCUGCGCUACAUGGCUUUAAGGCAAAGGCGAUCUUCUGUCAGUAACGGCCUCAGUCUGAAGUCUUUGGCUGCAGAUCUGUUAAACGUGUCUCUGGAUAAAUCUUUGGAGGUGCGCUGCAGCGACUGGGAAGCGGAUCAGUUAACACUAGAGCAGAUGACUUACGCUGCCAGAGAUGCCCAGAUUUCUAUCGCCCUCUUCCUCCACCUCCUUGGCCUCCAGGAUGAAGCCAGUCCCGCCUUUUCCAGUGGGAGCUCCUACUCGGAGUUGGUCUCCCGCUGCCAGGGCCUGGUGGACGUCCCCUUCAGGGGCCGUGGAGACGGAGAGGACAGGACGCAUGAAGGAGAGAGGCGGCGGAGAAUGAGAAAGCCGGCAGCGUGCGAAAGCCCAGAGUCUGGAGAUCAGCAAGUCCCAGACCCUCGAAAGAAUAACAAGAGGAAACCGCUGGGCGUGGGAUACUCUGCCAGGAAGUCUCCUCUCUAUGAUAACUGCUUCCUUUACGCCCCCGAUGGCCAACCUCUCUGUACAUGUGACAAAAAGAAAGCCAAGUGGUACCUGGACAAAGAAAUCGGAGUGCUGCAGAGUGAAGAUCCCUUCAUUGUGAGGCUGCUCUUUGAGCCAUCUGGACGCCCUGACUCCCAACAGGACUACUACCUGACCGCCAAGGAAAACCUCUGCGUCGUCUGUGGAAAAGCGGAUUCCUACAUCAGGAAAAACAUUGUCCCACAUGAGUACAGACGACAUUUCCCCACAGAGAUGAAAGACCACAACUCCCACGACAUCCUGCUGCUCUGCACCAGCUGCCACGCUGCUUCUAAUGUCCAUGAUGGCUUCCUGAAGCAGCAGUUGGCUGAUGAAUUUGCCGCCCCUCAAGGAUGCGAGGAGGGAGUCCGGCUGCUGGAGGACUCAGACCGCCGGCGGGUGCGUUCGGCGGCUCGGGCGCUGCUCAGCGCCAGGGACGGCCUGCCGGAGCAGCGGCGGGAGGAGCUGCAGGUGCUGAUCAAGAACUACAUGAAUAUGAACGGCGAGCAGGAGCUGACAGCCGAGGCGCUGCAGGAGGCUGCCAGCCUGGAAACCAGGAUCCUAAAUGAGGCGUACAUACCUCACGGCCUUAAGGUGGUGCGAGCUCACGCCGAACGAGGCCUGCGGGGCCUGAUGGAGCUGGAGCGUCGCUGGAGGCAGCACUUUCUCACCACCAUGCAGCCUCGCCACCUCCCUCCCCUGUGGUCGGUGGACCACAAUCACAGCAAGUUCCUCCGCAAGUACGGAGAGGACCUGCCCAUCAAACUCAACUGAGCGGAGUGGCUCCUCUUCGUUAUGUUGGGGACAAUUUUUUAAUCCUAUUUAUUUAUGAAAAGAUGAAACAAAAGAACAUAAAUGUCAUGGUCUGAUUUUUAGUUGACAGCUGCGGCCUGCUCUUAACUUCCCCUUCCAAUUAGGUGAAUCCACCCCCCUCGUGUAGAUGUGUAAUUUUUUCCCCUUAUUGGUCUUUGCAGGAUGGUUUGUGAUGAAGUAUUUGCCCCCACCCCCCUUCCUGUUUUUCUUUCUAGUCUAUUGUCUGUUUUAGGUCAAUAGAAGAAAGGUAAGAUUGCUUCAAACACCUUGAAAAUGUUUUCUCUUCCUAUUAUGAAGAUGCGUUUGGGUUUUUGCAGGAAGAUAUUAGUGGAAGCAGGUCAAAGCUGGUAUCUGUCGGUCGGUCAUUUAAACUCUGCAUGUCUCAGUCCUGCUGCUGAGGCUGAUGCUGGGAAUCCUUCAUGGCUCAUGUUUUAGUGCGCCUCCUAAACCCCAGCCUCUCAGCAUCAGGAUGCAACACUUUAUCCGUUAACGUCACUUUCAGUACGACGUCGUUUUUCCAUAAACCAAACCAGCACAGUGAACAGAUGCCGACGCUUCCUCGAUGUUACCCCAUCAACCUAACCCCUCCUUUUCCAAGGCUGUCAUAUAAGACUUAUGAAUUAAUAAUUAUUGGACAAACAGUUUAAAUCGUGAACUUUGCUGCGUAAAGUGUCAAAGCUGUUUUUUCCACAAAAAAAUAAACUAGAAAAGAAAUAAAGAAUAUUUGUAAUAA